UUUUUUUUUUUUUUUUUUUUCUGUCAACGAGUCCGUUUGCUCAUUGUUUCAUUGUUUGAGAAAAAAUAAAGGCGGUUUAAGCGUCCUAAUCAUUCGAUAAAUCAAGCACCCUAUUGUUCCCCCACCCUUCCUCAGGCUCAUUGAACAACUUUUACGUAAGCACAUCAUUUUAGAGUCAUUCUUUUGUUUAUGCAAUAUUUAUAGUCAUUUGAAAUGGUCUAAUUUUUCAUAACUAAAAACGGAUAUUCUUUGAAACCCCGCCCGAGGUGAAGCCUUUUUCCUUCAUUCCUUUGUUCAUUUUUUAUUUUUUUCCUUUCCUCUUUUUGUAAGCUUCUCUGUCCAAAGAGCGAAUAGUUUCAAGAUAGCACUACAAGCCUCGCAUAUAAAAUCAAAUGGCUUUAGGACUCGGUAGUAAAUCCAACAAAAACAAGACUCCAGAAGACGACAGCAAUACCUCUACACCCAACGCUAGUGACGUUGACCAACUUUCAAUGAAAAACUUGGAAUCCUCGGAUAAAAGUCAAUUUAAAGAAUUCAAAGAGUUCCUCAAGACAGUUAUUAGCUUCACGGGCGAUCUUUCUUCUUUAACUUGUCCUGCUUUCUUUUUGAAUGGUCUUUCACUAUUGGAGUAUGGUACAUAUUGGGGCGAUCAUCCCAGCACUUUUACAGCCAUUAAUGAUACUAAACAACCUGAGGAGCGUAUCUUAGCCAUUUGCCGUUGGUUUAUAUCUACUCUUUGGGGCAGUUAUGCCUCUCGUUGCACGGGUGGUAAAUACGAAAAGAAGCCUUAUAACCCUAUCUUGGGUGAACAAUUCCAUUGUACUAUGGGAGAUGCUAAGUGUAUUUGUGAGCAAGUUUGCCAUCAUCCUCCAAUUUCAGCUUUCUAUCUCGAAGACGAAAAGGCAGGUGUAUCAUUAAAUGGUCACAGUGGACAAAAAUCCAAAUUCAAGGGAACUUCCAUCAAAGUUGAACAAGUGGGUAGAGCUGUGUUAUAUCUCAAGAACUACAAUGAGCAGUACAUGAUCGAUUUUCCAGAUUUAUUGAUUCGAGGUGUGUUGACAGGUGGCGCUUAUAUUGAGCUAGGUGGAACGUGCACAAUUAUUGGCUCUAAUAAUACCAAGGCUGUCAUCGAGUUUAUUCCCAAACCUUGGUUUGGUGGUGAGUAUAAUCAUAUUAAGGGCUCAGUGUACGCAGAGGGUCAGUUAUAUUACCAAUUAUCAGGCCGUUGGAGUCAUCAAUCUUAUUAUACACCCACAAGCGGUAAAGAAAAGAAGGACCAUUUGUUAUUUGAUGCAGCUGCCGAACCUAUGGCAGAACGUGUAACAUCGCCUGUCGAACAACAAGGAGAAUUGGAAACUCAUCGUGUAUGGGGACCAGUAACAGCUGCCUUGAAGACCAAGAGUUAUAAGAUUGCUAAUGCCGAAAAAACAAAGAUUGAAGAAUGGCAACGUGGCGUGCGCAAAGAGCGCGAGUUGAAGAAAGAAAAAUGGGAACCUGCAUUAUUCAAGUUUGAAAAAGACAUUGAACCUGAGAAUCAAUACCAAACAAGGAAUAUAGAUUUGAAGAAGAAAAUGGAUUCAAAGCAUCAUUUGGAUGCUGGCGCCUGGACAUACAGCAAUUCCCUCCACCUUAGACAGUAAACCGUUGCGAUUCGCUUUUAAAACUAUUUACAUAUCACUACCUAAUUUUUGAUCCCCAUACGACCCAUUCGCUAUUCAUCGGAAUAAACCUUCCUCAUAUCUAUUUGUGCUUGAAAGCAAUAAACGCUGUUGCUUUUCGCUUAUUCAGUCAAUGGACUAGCAGUAGACCCAAAAAAAAAAAAAAAAAAAAAAAAA